AUGAAGAUAAUUAUAUAUUUUUGCAUUUGGGCAGCAGCAUGGGCCAUUCCAGUUCCUCAAUUCGGACCAUCGGAGAGACACACUUUGGAAAAAUCUGAGAAUGUACAUCUUCUAGAAAAAUCAAAAGUGCCACUACAGAGUGAGCUAAAUGUCAGUGCCACGACCGAAGAGAUCGGUGUUCUUCUGCGUGAAAGUGAAUUAGUAGGACAGCGGUCCACCCAGGACAGUUAUGCAGGGGAAGGGACAGGUUGCGAGUGGACUCACCGAAGAGAGAGUGGUCUCCCUUCUACACACCCCAUCUUAGCAAAUAAACAGCAGGGUGCUGAGGAGGAAAGUGAGGUUGCAAGAAGACAGGAAACCCGUGAUCAUGAGGGGAUAUGCGGAGAAGAUAACACAGCAGAUGGCAUCAGAGGACAGGGAGACAUCAUUGAUAAUGCUGCUGCAGUAAAUGAGAGUAAUAUUAAUGGACAUACUGAUCAGGACACAAGAAUGGGAGGUGCUGGCAAAGCAAGCCAUGAUGAAGACGCCGCUGUUGUCCAAGAAAAUGGACCUCAAGGAAUUGGAAGUGAUUAUAACACAGCCGGUGAAGCUGAAACGGGGAACACAAAGGGAACACCAGCUCAGAGAGGAGGCGAAAGAAAUGGGAAUCAGGAGGCUGAGGCAGCACCAGGCAAUGGAGAAAAUGCUGGCCUGGAAGACUCUGAAGGGAGUCCUAGCGGAGAUGGAGCAGAUCAAGAUCAAGGGGGCUCUGGUGACGGUGAGGGUGGAGAAACACGGAACGGAAGAGGGGGGUGUGAUACCAAAAGUGGCCAGGAGGGCCGGGCUCAUGGCAGAGAAGAGGACAGCAGCCUACGUCAGAGUUCAGUGAGUCCUGAAAACGAGAACACUGAAGGAGGAGGGCUGCCCCACACAGACACGGGUGGAGACGGUACCUCUGACAGCCAGGGGGAUUCGGGUGGAGCUCCCCAAGGCAAUGGCAGUCCAAGAGGAGAGGACGCCCAGAAACCCAGCGAAAGGAAGAGCAAAGAUGUGGGAAAUGGGAUCCCCAAAGAGUUCGGUCCAAGCACUGUUGGGAAGACCCAGGAAAAGAGAACAGAAGUAGAAGUUCUUAGCCUUGGCAGCAGGAGUAAUGCCACCAAGGAAGUUGUGAAAGUCGGUGAAGGCACAGAGCGUAAAGGACCCCAUGGGACAAGCAGAGGAAACAUCAAGACUCAUGGAGAGGGGGGCCCAGCAGGACCUGGCCCAAAGCCAGAGCCCGGGGACACACCCGGGCCUGGCAAGGCAGGCAGUGGCAGUGACAGUGAUGGCUGUGACAGCUGUGAUCUUGACGAAGGGUCCAUGCAGGCGGAUGAUCCCCACAGCAGUGACGAGUCUCAUGGGAGUGAUGGCACUGACUCAGAAGGUGAUAAUGGCAACAGCAGCCGAGGAGAUGUCACAUACAACUCUAAUGAAUCCAACGAUAGUGGUGACAACAGUGACUCAGAUGGGGAAGAUGAUGGUGACACUGACAGCACACCGGAUGCUAACGAUGGUGAUGGUGAUGGUGACAGCGAGAGGGAGGGCAGUGCUGAGGCAGGAGGCAGUGACAGUGAUGAAAAUGGUGACAGCAAAGCUGACAGCAGUGACAGUGAUGACAAUGAUAGCAAUUCAGAUAAUAGUGACAGCAGUGACAGCGGUGACAGUGACAGCAGUGACAGCAAAUCAGACAGCAAUGAUGGUGAGAGCAGUGUCAAUGACAGCAGUGACAGUGACAGCAAAUCAGAGAGCAGUGAUGGUGACAGCAGUGACGGUGACAGCAGUGAUGGUGACAGCAGUGACAGCAGUGACAGUGACAGCAGCGAUGGUGACAGCAAGUCAGACAGCAGUGAUGGUGACAGCAGUGACAGCAGUGACAGUGACAGCAAAUCAGACAGCAGUGACAGCAGUGACGGUGACGGCAGUGACAGCAAAUCAGACAGCAGUGAUGGUGACAGCAGUGACAGCAGUGACAGUGACAGCAAAUCAGACAGCAGUGACAGCAGUGACAGUGACAGCAGUGACAGCAGUGAGAGUGACAGCAAAUCAGACAGCAGUGAUGGUGACAGCAGUGACAGCAGUGACAGUGACAGCAAAUCAGACAGCAGUGACAGCAGUGAUGGUGACGGCAGUGACAGCAAAUCAGACAGCAGUGAUGGUGACAGCAGUGACAGUGACAGCAAAUCAGACAGCAGUGACAGCAGUGACAGUGACAGCAGUGACAGCAGUGACAGUGACAGCAAAUCAGACAGCAGUGACAGUGACAGCAGUGACAGCAGUGACGGUGACAGCAAAUCAGACAGUAAUGAUGGUGACAGCAGUGACAGCAGUGACAGUGACAGCAGUGAUAGUGACAGCCAGUCAGACAGCAGUGAUGGUGACAGCAGUGACGGUGGCAGCAGUGACAGCAAAUCAGACAGCAGUGAUGGUGACAGCAGUGAUGAUGACAGCAAAUCAAACAGCAGUGAGAGUGACAGCAAAUCAGACAGCAGUGAUGGUGACAGCAGUGACAGCAGUGACAGAGACAGUGACAGCAGUGACAGCAAAUCAGACAGCGGUGAUGGUGACAGCAGUGACAGCAGUGACAGCGACAGCAAAUCAGACAGCAGUGAUGGUGACAGCAGUGACAGUGACAGCAAAUCAGAGAGUGGUGAUGGUGACAGCAGUGACAGUGACAGAAAAUCAGAGAGCAGUGAUGGUGACAGCAGUGACAGUGACAGCAAAUCAGAGAGCAGUGAUGGUGACAGCAGUGACAGUGACAACAAAUCAGAGAGCAGUGAUGGUGACAGCAGAGAUGGUGACAGCAGUGACAGUGACAGCAGUGAUAGCAGUGACAGUGACAGCAGUGACAGCAGUGACAGUAGUGACAGCAGUGAGAGUGACAGCAAAUCAGACAGCAGUGAUGGUGACAGCAGUGACAGUGACAGCAGUGACAGCAGUGACAGUGACAGCAGUGACAGUAGUGACAGCAGUGAGAGUGACAGCAAAUCAGACAGCAGUGAUGGUGACAGCAGUGACAGUAGUGACAGCAGUGACCGUGACAGCAGUGACUGCAGCAAUAGCAGUGGCAGCAAUGACGGCAGUGACGGCAGGGACAGUAGAGACAAUAAUACCUCUGACAGCAGUGAUGAAAAUGACACUCAGAGCAAGUCUGGUGAUAACGACAAUGGAAGUGACAGUGACAGCGACAGUGAGGGCAGUGACAGUAACCACUCAACUAGUGAUGAUUAGAACAAAGAAAAUGUGGUAAGAGGCAGGAUGCUGACUCCGAUAGGACAAAGGAAGGAGAGAACUCCUGGAAGCCAUGCAAACAUCAUCAGAUGGCCAUGGACCCUGUGACACUGCAGGGCUGGCUGGGGACCAGGCCCCAAGUCCCCCAGAGGGAACCUAGAAGGCAGGAAUUUUGAUGCACUCAUUAAGAGAUGUUCAUGUCCUGAAAAUAUUUUGUUAAAAUGGUGAACAUAAACAUACAAGAGUAAUGAACACAGUCCUUAGUACUUUACACAGAAACCAUCAGUAUCACUUACUACACGACCAUUUCGACUAAGCAACUCAGUAAGCAAACUCAUCCUAUAGACAGCCAGCAUCACCCUGCACCCUGGGAGUCAGGUCUCGGGCGGGGGGCGGGGGGGUCUGCUCACUGUGCAGGAAAGGUCCUGUCACAUGAUGCCAGCUUGGCUACCGACUCAGUCCCUUGUUCUGGGGGAGAAAUAUCUUUGUAACAUGAGAAAAACUCAUAGUAAUUAUUUAAUCUAUGUGAGGCAUGAUCCCAAGAGGGCUUAUGAAUUGUACAUUACCUGAGUUCUAAAGAUUGUAGUCAGAAAAGAACACAGGUUGGUUUAGACAAGAUCUGUGUACAAUACUGCAUUUCUUUACACCACUGGAAAUUGAGUAAGAAAUCCCUACAACUAUAAACAAACCUGAUGCAGCACCUACAACAGAACAGUGCAUCCAGCAGCCUCUCCACCUACUAAGUAAACUGGCAUGGGAAUAGAUGGCUCCAGGAGGUGGGGUCAAGGUAAAUCACACAUUCAGUGCUGGGCUAUCAGGUGUCUAAAAACAGUCUUCCUAAGGCCACCUCGGUUUGCAUUUUCCUUUUAAAUCUCAACAUGCCAGACUCCCCAGACCAGAACCUGAGACUCUCUUUUCUCUAGCAAUCUCUUCAAGAAAGCCAAAGUUGCUAGUGGGUAAUACCUGGAAAACCUCUCUUUCUUAUUUAAGAGUCAUGUAUGCAGUUAAGAUCCCAGCAUAGAUCAUUUAGCUUUUGCAUGCAUAGGGUAAUUCUUAGUCUUGAGAUGAAGUUCAAAUGCUGAACAAUUAGAAUCUUGAAGACUCAUGAGAAAAGAAUAAUUUUUUGUGGGUGGAUAUAUAUCACACACUCUCAGGACUUUUGAGAGUGAAAGGGGUGUUAUGAUUAAUUACAGAAGGAUAUGGUGUGUAAGUAUGGAUUGCUCCAGGAGACUGGAGGAUACUAACCAAUAAACUGUUAGGGUAUUUUUCAA